UGCGCGCUUCUCAUGUGUUUUCAAACAUACGGAGUUGACUGUUGUGCCGAUUGCGCCGCUCGAUUAAAAUGACGGUUUGAUUUAAAUAAAAAUUAUACAAUCGCAUUAUAUCAACCGCGGGUCAAGAUGUUCAUCAACGAUGUUCUCAAGAAAGAAGAAAUACAAUGCCUUGCCGUGGGAGAUCUCAAGACGCUCGGCAUUAAAUACAGACCGAAAAAAAGCCGCCAACACACUGAGGAAGCAAAAAGUAGGAAAGUAUUUAAGAGAGCUUUGAAUUUACUUCCUGUUGAGACUGUGACCCUGCCCAGUGGUCAACAACUUCUUGUGCCUAAAAUUGUGCAUGAAUUGUGUUCAUUUAUUGUGAUGCAAAUUGACACUGAAGGAUUAUUUAGGAAAGGUGGCUCUAAAAGUCGACAGAAUGAGAUAAAAUUAUCAUUAGAUGCUGGUUGCUAUCUUAGUGAGGAACAUCAUGUGAUUGAUGUUGCAAGUGUACUGAAGACAUUUUUCAGAGAGCUGCCAGAACCUCUGCUUCCAUAUUCAUUUCAUGAAUUAUUCCUGAGAUGUGUUUUGAUGGAUAGAAAACAGGUGGAUGCAAUUUUGCUUGCCUGUUUGUUACUGCCAACUGUGCAUCUAAACACUCUAGCAUACUUUAUGCAAUUUUUGUAUAGAGUUGCUGAAUAUCAUGAAUUCAAUAGAAUGGAUGCUUAUAACUUGGCUGUUGUUAUUGGGCCUACACUAUUCCCAGCUGAAGAGAAAAUACCUAAUAAUGCUACUUUGAGAAUGAAUAAAACUUGUGAACUUUUUAAGUUGUUAAUUGAACACGCAUCAAGCAUUGGCGUGUUAAAUGAUAGCAUAAUUGAACGAAUUGCACAAAGCAGCAACGUGUCAAUGAUGGACGAAGAAACAUCAAGCGUGAAGAAAAAGAAGAAGCGUCGCAGCGGAAGUCUGACACGGAUUUUUGGCGGUUUGAAAAGGAUUGUAACGCAUAAUAAAAAUGAAGACCCGCCGCCAAUACAGGCCGCACCCGAUCUCUUAAUGACGCCCUGUUUAACGCGUUCAGCAAAAAAGAGGAAAAUGGAAGCUGUAGGAAUAUCGGCCAAGAGACGACAGGAAGUUCGAGACAAAUUGCCACAGAGUACUCUUCUAAAUGUACCUUUUACGCCUUCAAGUACACCGGUGAAUAAUCAUCCAAAUGGAAAGAAAAAAACAGAUAAUUCAAAAACAACUAAAAUCGAAAGUUAUAGUGCAAAAGAAAAACGAAUUUUGUGGUCUACCAACAAAACCAAAAAUAAAAAGUCUGAUGUAACGUCGAGUUCGAGCACAAGUUCAAUACAAAGACGCUGGUCUGCGAUGAGUUCGGUCGCUGGCUUCAAAAAGAAGAAAACCCGAAAUUCUUGCAUUGGAACAAUGACAGCCGACAAACCGAAAAUUUUACAUGACGACGCUCACAUUGAUAAUGAAAUCAACGACUUGACUGAAGAGUUGGAAUUUCAACGAUCCGAACCAGUAGAAUCUGAUUAUAUGCGCGUUCCGAAGGCUGAAUACGAAGAUAUAAAAAAUCGCGUUUCGGCAAUUGAACGUCGAAUUUCUAUUGAACUUGAAAGCGUUCCCAGGUCCCUUGAUGUCGAUCCUAUUCCUUCUUCCGAGUCUGCCGUGCAGGAAGUGAACAAAAAGUAUGUUGAAACAUUAGUUCAGGCUGAACCGAUGUGUUCAACCACAGAUCAAUUGGCGAAACGGCUCAGCCGAGAAUUAAAAAUCCGACGUUCGGGUGAAAGUCGCCCAGUUUUUCGUUCACCAAGCGCUAGGAAAAUUGGUAGUCUCCGUCGCAAAGAGGGCCAAAAAGUACGUCUCAGUCGAACGCAAACUUGGUGUGCUACGACUGCAACAUCACCUAAAAACUCUAGGAGCAGCAUGAGACGCGCUAAAACAACUCAAUGUUCAGAAUCACAAAAUUGUUCGAAUAAUGAGAAUAUUCUUAUGCCAUCACCUGCGCCUCCAAGGAGCACUAAUAGCUCUAUGUCUACAAGAUCAGAAAUGUCUUUAGGUAGUUCGAUUGUGACUGAUUCUUCGGGAUCCAGCUGGAAGAGCGCGCAAGGUUUCUUUAGCACACCAGAUGUACCACAUCCAGUGUUAGAUAACAACUGUCGCGCAUCCUUAGCACGUUUGAGAAGUCAAAAUGCCGGAAUGGUUAUGGCAAAAGCAAGACUUUUCGAUAAUCUAGGCGAUUCGACUGAAUCUCAAGAAAAUUACGUUUCCCAACCGCGCGCAGCAAAGAUUGGCGCACCGAGAACACAAUUAAAUCGAAUAAGGACGUUGAAAAUGGAGGAACGGCGUAAAAAGAGUAUGUCACCAAGGAAAAGACCAUGCAAAAGCCCGGGAAUUCAUCGCUUGCCUAAGUCAUCAUCUCGUGAAGCAGAACGAAACUCUAUUUUGCGUGAAGCGAAUCGAGAUAUAGAGACUACACCAAAACCGAUGCCACAUAUCAAGAGAAGUUUGCAUUUGAAAUCGCCCCGUAAGUUGUGUAAGACGCCGAUGUCGACAGUAGAAAUUAGACAGACACCUAUGAAAGUGUCGCGACUUAUGUUGGAGUAAGUAUUUUUUAUAGAUAUGUUGUACAUACAAGAAAAUUAAUUUCGAAAAUGAUCUGAUAUUAAUCGUGAAUCUAUUAUGUGCCUUUUGAUGGAUGUCUUGUGUUUUCCGAUUUUAAAAUGUGACUUAUAUUUUCUAUUGACUCUUAUAAUAAAAUGGAGAGUGUAUUUUA